AUGAAUAACGUUGUUGCACACAGAAGAAAGUGCAUUGUUGAACUUUGUAUCAGGCAUGCAACAAUUUUCAGUAAAUGUACCUCGCAGUCGAAAUUCUCAGCUAUAGAGGGUCUUUAUUCUUCAGUUCCUGAGGUCCUUUAUUCCUCAGUUCCUGAGGUCCUUUAUUCCUCAGUUCCUGAGGUCCUUUAUUCCUCAGUUCCUGAGGUCCUUUAUUCCCCAGUUCCUGAGGUCCUUUAUUCCUCAGUUCCUGAGGGGGCCCUUUUAUCCUCAUUUCCUGAGGCCUUUUCCCCAGUUCCUGAGGUCCUUUAUUCCUCAGUUCCUGAGGUCCUUUAUUCCUCAGUUCCUGAGGUCCUUUAUUCCUCAGUUCCUGUGUUCCUUUAUUCCCCAGUUCCUGAGGUCCUUUAUUCCCCAGUUCCUGAGGUCCUUUAUUCCUCAGUUCCUGAGGUCCUUUAUUCCUCAGUUCCUGAGGUCCUUAAUUCCUCAGUUCCUAUGUUCCUUUAUUCCCCAGUUCCUGAGGUCCUUUAUUCCCCAGUUCCUGAGGUCCUUUAUUCCUCAGUUCCUGAGGUCCUUUAUUCCUCAGUUCCUGAGUUCCUGAGGUCCUUUAUUUCCUCAGUUCCUGGGGUCCUUUAUUCCCCAGUUCCUGAGGUCCUUUAUUCCUCAGUUCCUGAGGUCCUUUAUUCCUCAGUUCCUGUGUUCCUUUAUUCCCCAGUUCCUGAGGUCCUUUAUUCCCCAGUUCCUGAGGUCCUUUAUUCCCCAGUCCGAGGUCCUUUAUUCCUCAGUCCUGAGGUCCUGUAUCCCAGUUCUGAGGCCAUUUAUUCCUCAGUUCCUGUGGUCCUUUCUUCCCCAGUUCCUGAGGUCCUUAUUCCCCAGUUCAUGAUACAGGUCCCUUUAUUCCUCAGUUCCUUGAUGGUCCUUCAUUUCCUGCAGUUCCGAGGUCCUUUAAUUCUCAGUUCUGAGGUCUUUAUUCCUCAGUUCCUGCGGUCACUUUAUCCUCAGUUACGGAGUCCUUUAUUCCUCAGUUACUGGUUCCUUUAUUCCCUCACGUUCCUGAGGUCCCUUUAUAUCCUCAGUCCUAGAGGUACCUUUUAUUCCCCAGUUCUGAGGUCUUUAUCCCCCGUUCCUGAGGUACUUUAUUCCCCAGUUCCUGAGGUCCUUUAUUCCUCAGUUCCUGAGGUCCUUUAUUCCCCAGUUCCUGAGGUCCUUUAUUCCUCAGUUCCUGAGGUCCUUUAUUCCCCAGUUCCUGAGGUCCUUUAUCCCAGGUUCCUGGGGCCCUUUAUUCCCCAGUGCCGGAGGUCCCUUGAUCAUCAGUUCCUGAUGGUUCCUUAUUCCCCAGUUCCUGCGGUCCUUUGUCCCCAGUUUCCUGAAGGUCCUUUUAAUUCCCCAGUUCCUGAUUUGCCCUUUGUUCCCCAGUUCCUGAGGUCCUUUUAUUUCCCCAGUUCCUUGAGGUCCUUUAUUCACCAGUUCCUGAGGUCCAUAUCCCCAGUUCCUGAGGUCCGCAUUUAUUCCACCAGUUCCUGA